UGUCUCUCCGGCUCAUCGGUCCUCAGAGCCCUUCUCUUUCGGCUCCAGCGCAGCUCUUCCCUCGUACCCGGCGGUGUGUCCUCUCUUCUCUUCAUCUCAUCUUCAUCUUCAUCAUGGCAGCGGUCAGAACCCUCAGGAAACUGUGCCAACAGUCGCAGCUCCAGCUCUGCCAACUGCACACGAGCGCGGCGAGACAGGAAGCCGUGGUGAUCUCGGGGAAGAAGUUGGCGCGGCAGAUCCGAGAGGAGGCGCGAGUGGAUGUGGAGAAGUGGGUGCUGGCGGGGAACAGGAGACCCCACCUCAGUGUGAUUCUGGUGGGGGAUGACCCUGCCAGUCACUCCUACGUCCUCAACAAGACCCGGGCCGCUGCAGAUGUCGGUAUCUCCAGUGAGACCAUCCUAAAGCACUCAUCCACCAGUGAGGAGGCCUUGCUGGACCUCAUCGACAAACUCAACUCAGACCACCGCGUGGAUGGGCUGCUGGUGCAGCUGCCUCUGCCUGAGCACAUUGAUGAGCGCACCAUCUGUAACGCUGUGGCACCCACCAAGGACGUGGAUGGCUUCCAUGUGGUGAACGUGGGACGAAUGUGUCUGGACCAGUCUAGUAUGCUGCCCGCCACCCCCUGGGGCGUGUGGGAGAUCAUCAAGCGCACAGGGAUACCCACCCUGGGGAAGAAUGUGGUGGUGGCCGGUCGCUCAAAGAACGUGGGAAUGCCCAUCGCCAUGCUGCUGCACACAGACGGGCGCCAUGAGAGGCCUGGAGGUGAUGCCACAGUGACUAUAUCACACCGGUACACGCCAAAAGAACAGCUCCGCCAGCACACAAAAAUCGCCGACAUCAUCGUGGCCGCAGCAGGAAUCCCCAACCUGAUCACUGCAGAUAUGAUCAAAGAAGGAGCCGCUGUCAUCGAUGUGGGAAUAAACCGGAUACAGGACCCAGUGACCGGGAAGAGCCGGCUGGUGGGAGAUGUGGACUUUGAAGGUGUGCGACAGAAGGCAGGCUUCAUCACGCCUGUGCCUGGAGGCGUGGGGCCCAUGACUGUGGCCAUGCUCAUGAUGAACACGGUGAAAGCGGCCAAGAACAGCCUGCUCUGCCCCCCCGAGAGGCUGCGCAUGGCUGCGGCGUCCUGAUGGGCCGUGGGUGCACCCGCGGGUGCAGUUCCAUUGACAUUCCGCCCCUUCCCUCCCCCUCCCUCCCCCACAGUUUAUCGGAGAGCUUCCUGGAGCUCCUUUGCACAUGGAUGGGGAGACACAUGAUGCCAGUUCAGCCAUGUUGAAACUGUUACUGACUAAACAGCUGAAGUUUUACUCUACGCCAUUAUUUAUCCUUUUCAGAAGCGUCUGUGGAAUGAACGACACACAGAGUUUUAAGAGUUAUUUAUUACUGCAGUAUUUAAGCGAAAAAAAAAAAAAAAAGUUUGACAAUUCUAAAUGCAGCGUGCUGCUGAUUUUUUCUUUUUUUUUUCUUUAAUUUUGUUUUCACAGGUGGUUUAGCCUUAGUAACAAAGGGCUACCAGAAUCAGGUUUGAAGAUAUGUAAUAGAAUAUCAGCUUUAAGAAUUCACAAUUGCCUUUGUAAAGACUUUGAAUAAAUGUUACAGUAUCUUCUCA